CGAAAUUUUUCGGUGCACCGAACCGAUUUUCGCUGACAAAACAGCGCCAACGAGCACACAACAACCAGCAGAUCGCCGUUAACAGGUUAACAGGCAGCAUUGGUUGCGGCUCGUUGGGGAGUUGGUGAGUGUGCGAGCGAGGAGCACACGAACAAGCGGAACAGCGUGGGUGCACGGGAAGAAGGGAAGAUAGCGGGGCUCGUUUGGCUGGCUGGGAAGAUAACACACCCUGCCGCUCGCAUACAAGCUCAACAACAAGCAGCAGCAGAAGCCCUGCUCGGUGCUGGGUUGGACACGGGCCACUGGCACUGCAACACAACAACAAAGAAGCCACCAAACCAAGUCCGUGUGAAGGCAAGCAAGCAAGCAAGCAAGCAGCAGCAGCACGCCUGUCGCACAGAGGAACCCAGUGGGAACGUCCAGCAGCUGCUGAACGGCAAGCUCGCGACCGCUAGGAGGGAGAGACGAUGGAGUCGCAAGGAAGCCAGUUGUGGCAGCAGGAGGUGCUGGAGCUGCCGGCCGUGUUUCGAGGGUCUCUCAUCGUGAACGGCCGCACUUCCGCUGCUGUACGCAUGCAAGCGGGUCUCAAGGCAAUCACAGCCAGCAAGCGCGGCAAGCGAGGGGUGCUCUGCGGUGUGGAUGAUGAAGGCGUGUACGCACGUGACCCGCAACAGGCCACCGCACCGCCACUCUUCAGCUGCAACUUUCCCUCCAUGGAGCGCAUCUCCAUCUUCAGCUCACACAACACGUUGUGCGUGGUGCUGAAGAAGGAGGGCGAGUCAAGCACCAUGUAUGGGUUUGAGUUUCAGGACGCAUAUGAAGCACAGGCGUUCCUGAAGGAAGCGCUCAACAAGAAGAACAUCAAGGAGUGGGAAAUCAAGCAGCGGGAGAAGAUGGAGCGAAAGAUCCUUCGGAAAAAGAGCAACAGCCUCUCCCCGCAACGCGUCCGCAAAGACAUUGCCGCUUCACGAUCAGCUGCGGCAUUGGCAAGCGGAGCAGCAGGUGCAGACACACGACAGCUGCUGAUGCGGCUGAGUCAGGCGCACAUUGACAUGCUGCUUGCUGCCAUCUCAUCGCAGCCCAUGACCGUAAUCACCAGCGCGAAGGCCCUCCUCAAGGUUGUGCAAGACGCGUGUGAUGCAACACCAGCGCGCUACUCGGCAGCAAUAGCCCCGCUGAGGCACGAGUUCUCGAAGAUUGUGGAAUACGUGCCGCAGGGCAUGGCAGACGCGGAGCAGCGCGAACACGUGCUCAAGGAGAUGGCCAGCACAUCCGCACGCCUGAUGGACGCCGUGAAAGGAAUGCUGAGUCAGCACUCCAGCGCGCAGGCGGCGGCGUCGUCGCCAAAGGGGCUGCCGCCACCACCCAACAUCGAGGAUGUGGUGCGCAGGGGCAGCGUCUCAUCUGCAUCGGAAACGCUCUACAGGCACAUGAGUUGGACCAGCAGAGCAUCAGGGCCGGGCAGCCGUGAGAACCUGUUGCUGGCCACUGGCAUCUCCCUUGAUGUUCAAUCGUUUGAUGAACUUGCAGAAGAGGCACUUCGCGUCUGUCACGUGCUUGCAAGCAAACACUCGCCAGCGAAGGAUGCAGAGGCGCUGUCACGUAUUGUGGAGAAGAAGUGCAAGCAGUGGCUCAAAUUUGCGUUUCCGUGGGUGUCACACGCAGAGCCACGCAAUGCUCGCCUCGUUGCAUCACAAUCUUCCACGUCUGAAAACACGAGUGCUGCCUCCAGCGGCAUUCCCACAUCGCCCCUGGCUGUGUUCUUGCUGUGCUACCGCAUGGCGUAUGACCCAGAAGCACUGCUUGAUCUGCUGGUGCGAAUGGCGAUGCUGCCGCCAAUUGAGCCGCGACAAACACACAUGUCCGCGGACGCAACCGGCGCAGCACUCUCGCGUGCAUCCACAGCAUCGACGCCGGCUUUCGUGGACAACACCGUUCACGUGCUUGAGCUGUUGUUGCACUGGGUGGUUGCAUAUUGGGUUGACUUUGAGGAGCGCCCCGAGUACGUGGCUGCACUGCACCGCACCAUCGAAGACCUGCACUGUGACACGACGCAUGCCUGGCUGAGGGAUGAGGUGCUUGCCGCUGUUGAGUACCAGCAGGCACACGGCCUCCCCAAGCCCGUGUUGCACGCGCAGAAACAGGGCGUCGGCCCAACACCAGGCAUCGUGCUGCAGAUUCCGCCACACACGCUGGCGGAGCAGAUGGCGUUGUACGACUAUGACCUGUUUAAACGCGUGCAUCCGCGCGAAUACAUUGAGCAAGCGUUUUCAGGCAGCAAGCAGGACCUCAACGCCACUGCGCCAAACCUUCACUUGCUCAUUCUGCGUUUCGAGGACGAAGGACAGUGGGUUGCUGCUGAAAUUGUCCAGCACAAGACGCGCAAGGAACAAGCCACCAUGAUUGCGAAAUUUCUACGGGUGGCAGAGGAAAGCUUGAAGCUGCACAACUACUUUUCCUUCUUCGCCAUCAUGGGGGCGCUGGCGUGUCGCGAGGUUUCGACGCUGAAGCGGGCGUGGCGCAACUUGCCGGACAAGUACAAGCGCUUGCACGCAUCUUUGGACCGCCUUACUGACACUAGCAGAAACAUGAAGGCAUACAGGGAUGCUUGGAGAAAUGCGGGCCACAAACCAAAACUGCCGUUUCUUCCGCUUCACUUGAAGGAUUUGCUGUUUGCGAAGGAGGCGUGGUCCGCAAGCGAACGGCCGUGGAAAGAAGCGCUUGAAUCGUGGCAGCUCGUCGCCAAGAUCAUCAGGGAACUGAUGAUGUGGCAUCCGUACAAGAUGCACUGCGAUUACGGCCUCCAGUCAUACCUGAGGGUGUCUGUGCUGCGACGUGAGCCAGAUUCGCUGCCAUCGGCUGUUGUGCGCCGCCAGUCUGUGCUCUCGUCCCCGCCACGCAGCGGCCGUCCCGAGCGCUCGCCAUCGUGGCGACCCCAGCGCCCGCCAAUCGCCGGGAGCGUCAGCACGCACGCGAGCGAGUACGACGUGCGGGGUGGGAAGGCACCGUUGUCAGCAGCAACUGCAGCAGCAGCAGGCAGAGGAGGAGGAGAAGAAGAAGGUGGAGGAGGAGGAAUGGAACAGAGGGGUGAGACGGCGUCAUGCCCAAGCAGUACAGGCACCACCGAUGAUGAUGCGGCCGCCACAGCAACCACUCCCAACAGCAGCCGCCACCCUUACAACAGCAAUAGCAACAGUAACAACAACAAGCAACACUCCUCGGUGGCAGGCAGUGAAAGGGGAACACCUGCUGCGCUCAACACGGCCGCACUCGCAGACACGCCAACAAGUGGCGGUGAUGCAACUCUCCGACCCGUCUCCACACCCGAGGAGAACACCACCACCACCACCACCAACAACAACAACAACAACAACACCGCCAACAACAACACAACGGAGGAAGCUGUGGCAGCGGCGGCAGUACAAAAGGGCGACAGCAGUGUUGAUGGCACUCGUGAGGAGCAGCCUCAACAUGCCAAUGUUGGUGAUGCUCAUAGUGAUGAUGGCAGUCAGGUUGUGUCUUCAGAGCCACAGCAGCACCCGCUGAAGGGAAGACCCCAUGCCCAAGCACGCACAGCGGCGAAAGGAGGCGACGCGGAAGAGCAAGAAGGUGAACAGGAGCGUGUUGAAGAAUUUCAGUCUUACCGGCAGCAGGGAGGUGAUGCUGCUGUGCAGGAUGCACCGCACACGCCCGUCGGCGCCGCCACUCUCGCUCGAGCACAUGCUGCGUCAGCAGUGGCAACAACACCACUCAAGACCAUUGUGGAGGAGAGCCUUCCAUAUCACAUCCCAAGCAGCCCAUCCCUCAUUGCGCUCAUGCAGAAGGCAAAUCGAACAUCACCUGUGCGAAUGAGCGCACAGCGGCGGCGCCAGUUUGCACUCGCCACACUCACGUCGCCUGCAUCUGCGCGGGGUGCCCGCACGAAACGACGCAUGCCGCGUGCACUGACAACGGUGGAGGAACGCGCACACGUGCACCGGCAGCACCAGCAGCACAAGUGCGGGCAGUCAACCUCUGCUCUGCGCAGGGAUGAUAGCGGCAACCGCAUGAUGUCUGUAUCGAUGCUUGCCACCACAACAACAGCCCGUGAUGAUAUGAAGCAGAAUAGCAGCGACGCCGAUGGCUUUCACUGCCGGACAGAGCAAGGCGGCGUGGCUGCCAACCUGUCGCUCGAUGAAGGGGAGCGCUCGUGGUUGUCGGGACUGCGAACAGCAAAUGGACAUCUGGGCGAGCAUAACGCCUCCUUCAACACAUCUGCACAGUCCAUGAAUGGGUCGUUUCUCGAGUCAGCGGUUGGUGGCGAUGGCGGCAGUGCACGUGUGCAGGACAGCGGCCUUCGUAUGGAGACUGAGGACCAGUUUGCGCAGCAGUGGCGCGACCUCUCACCAAUCCGCGCUGUCGACGAUGCAGACGAUGAUGGUGCUGAUGGUAGUGGUGUUGGGUUUGGUAAUUAUGGAGGCGAACCACGCCUUGCGGUCACACGACCCACGCGCGGGCGACCGAACACAUCACAGCGUGACGGUGACCAGGUCAAUCACCACCACCACCACCACCAUCUUGGGCGGCACCAGCAACAGCGGCAAGGUGUUCGGCGGCGUGGUGUGAGCGCAGAUGACCAGGCGCGACUUCGACGGCAGCAGCGUGGACGACGCAUCACACGCGAGGAGUUGCUCGGAAUCCACGACAGCGACAACACCAACACCAACACCAACAGCAACGGCAAGAACACGGACAGAAGCAACAGUAGCAGCUGCAACGCCAAUGCACGCUGUGAUGCGCAUGCCAUCGCCAGCUACAAUGAUAGUGAUGGCAAAGGCAUGGGUGUGAAGCCGCGUCGACGCACGUCAUCUGUUGGUGCGGACAUUGAAGCCGUUCUGCGCCCGUGGCUUUGGCAGCAACAACAAGAACAAGAGCAAGGUGGCGGCGGCGGUGAUUGGGAGGCACAACAGGACAGGCGUGGCAGACCGUGGAUUCAGCAACGCGGGAAGGAUCACAUUCACGCGCAGAAUCAUCAUUUCGGGGCAGAAAGUGGACCAUCGCAGGUGUGUGAAGACGGCGGGCAUGCAGAUGAUGCACUCGCUUCCACUGUUGCGCUGGCAGCGACACAGCUCGCGUCAACCAGUCCCCAGCGCCAUGGUUACCAGGAGUCACACCACUACAGCCACCAACACCACCAACACCAGCACGACCGCGCGUGGUUGUCGUUGAUGGCGUCACCGUUUCACACAGCACAGAAGUUGCGCAGCUCGGUGCUUGGUGCGCAUUACGCAAUGCUGUCCGCACAGCUGAAGGGGACGAGCGCCUGCGGUGGCCACGAGGAAUGUGAUGAUGACGACAAUGAUGAUGAUGACGCUGAUGGUGGUGGUGGCGACGAUGUUGCUGGUGAUGGUGACGCAUCCAGUAAUGCUCUUGGCGCGGACAACAACAGCACCGCAUCAACCAUCACUGCCAGCACGGCAGAUGGCAGUGAUGCUACGCCAACAGGCUUGGGUGCCAAGGAUGCCAAGGAUGCCGAAGGGGCACCCAUCGAUGCCGCCACGGUGACAGCAACAGCAGCAGUAGCAGCAGCAGCAACAGGCACAGUCACAGCAGGUACAGACACAAUGACGUCAGCAGCAACUGUGCCUGCAUGCAACAUUUCUCGUGCGAAUCCGCUGUCACCGCGGAGCCGCCGCCGCCUUCGCCUGAUGCAACUUGUCGUGGAGGCGCGUGCCAUGGUUGGCCAGAGCCCUGUUCGCCGCUCAUCGCCAUCCUCGCGUCGUGCGCGUGUGCGCGGCGCAUCUGCCACACACCGGGCGUGCACCUGUGGUGCUGCUGAUGGCGGAGAUGGUCGUGCUCGUGUUGGUGCGCGUGCCUUGCACGUGGACGAGGCACGUCGAUCCCUCUCCCUGCCGAGCGAGAGUGGUCAGGCGGCCGCCAAGGGCACGUGCACGUGCACAUGUGCGCAGGCGCUGAGGCGGGGCGAACAGGCCGUUGCUGCAACGACGAGAGCAUUCUCGCUCGCAGGUCGCAGCUCAACCCAUCACCAGCAGCAUCAAGGACACACGAACGGCCAACAUGGAAGCAACGCAGCCUCGUAUCACAGGGACGGUGGUGGUGGCCGUCAUGGUGUCGAUUCGCCGGCGUCGCCCUCAGCCUCGAGCGGACACUGUUCCCCCGCUACGGAGUGCGCGCUGCACGUGCCCGGUAUGGGUGCAGGCAACAACGUCGUCGUCAUCAACACGCACCACCAGCAGCAACAGGAUCAGCACCGACAUGAUCAUGCACCACAACAACCACGUGAUGGGAGCGCGGUGCACGCAGAAGGGCCCACACGCCAGCUGCGGGGCAGUGACAGUGGUGCGAGCGUGAACACGUCCACAGACGUGAAAAAACGGCUGUCACAGUCGUCAUCGUCGCAAGUGAACACGAGCACAGGAUCGCACGCCAGUGGGCGGCACCCGAGCGAUGGCACUGACAACAACGAGGACGAUGAGGGUGCUGGCUGGUUUGAUGAGAGCUUGGUUGAGUUUGGCGUGACGCGCGUCUCUGUUGAGGGCGAUGUUGUCUCAUAUGAAACCGUCAUUUGAUGCCAGGGGAUAUGCGCGUGUGUGUUGUGUUGUGUUUGUGUUGUGUUGUGCUGUGUUUGUGUUGUGUUGUGUUGUG